AUGCGAGGCGAGAUUUGUCAUUUACAUAUUGGCCAGGCUGGCACACAGCUUGGUAACGCUGCCUGGGAACUGCACGUCUCUUCAUUGUCUACUAUCCCCGAUAUAUCCGCUGAUCAAGAUGCAACGCAGCCUGAUGGAUAUGUCGACUCCGAUAGUACCGAUGAGGCCGCCAAAAGCGGAUCUUACGAGACUUUCUUUACUGAAACUUCCGACGGCAAAUAUGUUCCCCGUUCCAUCUUCGUCGAUCUUGACCCAUCGCCCAUCGAUGAGAUUCGCACCGGCACUUACCGUGAUCUUUUCCGUCCCCAGCAGCUGAUUAGUGGGAAGGAAGAUGCUGCAAACAACUAUGCUCGAGGCCAUUACACUGUCGGAAGGGAGAUUUCUGCAGAGGUGAUCGAGGGCAUUCGUUAUGUGGCUGAGAACUGCCAGUCGCUCCAGGGCUUCUUGAUUUUCCACUCUUUUGGUGGUGGUACAGGAUCUGGUUUUGGUUCGUUGUUGUUGGACCAUCUGACCAGCAUGUAUGGGCGCAAAUCUAAGCUGGAAUUCUCAAUCUACCCUUCUCCACGUACCUCGAUUGCCGUGGUAGAGCCCUACAACGCCGUCCUGUCAACCCACAGCACCAUUGAGAACUCCGACUGCACCUUCAUAGUUGACAACGACGCCGUGUAUGAUAUCUGCCGGCGCAACCUGGAUGUCCCUCGUCCUGGAUAUGAGCAUCUGAACCGUCUUGUUGCCCAGGUAGUGAGCUCCAUCACAUCCAGCUUGCGGUUUGAUGGUGCACUCAAUGUCGACUUGGCCGAGUUCCAGACCAACCUUGUCCCAUACCCGCGUAUCCACUAUCCCUUGAUUUCGUAUGCCCCGGUGAUCAGUAGCCAGCGCAGCUCGCACGAGAGUUUCAAGAUUCAGGAUCUCACUUUCCAAUGCUUCGAACCCAACAAUCAGAUGGUGAACUGCGAUCCACGAAAGGGCAAGUACAUGGCUGUGGCUUUGCUUUACAAGGGUGACGUUGUACCCCAUGACUGCACUAUGGCUGUGCACGCCCUCAGGACUAGGGGUACCUUCAGUUUAGUUGAGUGGUGUCCUACCGGAUUCAAGUUGGGAAUCAACUACCAGAAGCCUAUGCGUCGUCCCAACGAUGAACUUGCGCCUGUCGACCGUUCGGUCAGUAUGUUGUCCAACACCACCGCCAUUGCCGAGGCCUGGAGUCGUCUCGAUCACAAUUUCGACCUUAUGUACUCCAAGCGUGCAUUCGUCCACUGGUAUGUUGGUGAAGGGAUGGAGGAAGGCGAAUUCUCCGAAGCCCGUGAGGAUCUCGCGGCACUUGAGAAAGAUUACGAAGAGGUGGCCGAGGAGAGCACUCCAGAAGGUGUUGAGUACUGA